GGCCUCCUCUUUGGCGCCAGAAUGGCUCGCUAGUUCUAUCCGCUUGAGCGCGCGCUAAUAAGCGAAUGAAUUUGGAUAGCGCGCGCAGGGCCGCCUGAUUUUUCGAUUAAAGCCCCCAAUACUACCGAACUGUUUGCCCUGGCCGAAGAAACUUCCAUACUCUUCCAACACCAUCCACAUCCCACGCCCCAGUCCACGAUGACAUGGUCCGCUGCCGCCGGCGACCCGCCUCAACGCAGCCGCCACUGGAAGUGAAAGGCGACGGUCUCUUCCGCCACACGCAUCCUCCUUCGAGGGGAGCAGCUGGAAUUGCAGAUGACGGGAUCCUGGAGAAUGUGUGGGCUCAUGGUGAAAAACUUGGUGCUGGCUUCAGAUGCAAGUACUGUUCAACGGCCAGGAAAGGUGGGGGCGCGACCAGGCUAAGGCAGCACCUUGCAGGGAGGCGUGGCCACGUCGCUGCUUGCACCCAAGUGCCGCCACAAGUUAGGAAAGCUAUGAGGAUUUCCCUGCGAAAUCUGAAGCAAAGGAAGAAUGCGACGAAAGAUUAUCGGACGAGGAUGGAGGAAGCAGUUCUGCAUACCAUGGCGUGCAGUGAUGACGACAAUGAAAGAGAAGCACAUCAAAUCCCAGUCAAAAUGGAGGAACAAGUAUCACUGGAGGAGUUCCCGUGUUCGCAGAGAAUGAAGAGGCAUGGUACGGUCGAGCACGGUGAUGACAGUGGCAGCGAAAGCAGUGCAGGUGCUAGUGCUAGUGAUGCAGGUAGCUGUGUUGGUGGAAGGGGAGUGUUACCACAAAAGAAGUUUGGUAAGUCAGGGCUUAGGCGUCUAGGAAGGGACGCAGGUCAUGUGCCUAGGCAGGCACCAAGACAAACUCCAAUCGAUAGGAUAGACAACAAGGAGACCAGAUCAAAACUUGGCAAAGCUUGGGCAAAGAUGUUCCAUGCCAAUGGUAUUCCUGGAAGGAAGGCAGACUGCCCAUACUUCCGCAGUGCCAUGAAGCUAACACAGCAGCUAGGCCCUGGCAUGUUUAUUCCUACAGGUGAAGAAAUUGAUGGCAUAUAUCUGGAUGCCAUUGAGAAAGAACUGAAGGAAGAUUUGUGUCAAUUUAAGAAAGAAUGGGAAGUCUAUGGUGUUACCAUAGUGUGUGAUUCGUGGACAGGGCCUACAAUGACAAGCACUGUAAACUUCUAUCUAAGCUGUAACAGUCGGAUGUUCUUCCACAAGUCUGUAGAUGCAACAGGGAAGAUAGAAAAUGCAGGUUUCCUGUAUGGCGAGAUUAAACAGAUUAUUCAGGAUGUAGGUGUCCAGAAUGUUGUUCAAGUUGUGACGGACAGUGGUGACAGUUAUAAGAAGGCUUGUCUCAAACUGAUAGCCGAGUAUAACCAGAUCGUUUGGCAACCAUGUGCAGCUGACACUGUUAAUCUAAUGUUGGAAGACAUAGCAAAAUUCCCUGAAGUUGCUCAAGUCAUGGACAGCGCUGAGCAAAUAUACAAGUUUUUCUACAGUCUUGACACUUUGCUUGCUGAAAUGAAGGCAAAAGUUGGUGGGGAGCUAGUUCCACCAAAUGCUACUAGGUUUGGAGCCAUCUUUGUCUUCAUACAGAGUUUUUGGGACAGGAAAGACAAGUUCAGUAAAUGGAUGCUGUCCAAAGAAUGGAAGAGGAGUACUUGGAGUAAAAAAAUUGAAGGAAAGCAUGCAUAUGGUUGUCUUACAAGCGGACCAUGGUGGGACAAAGUCAAAUGGGUAAUCAAUGCCUUGGAGCCAAUUUACUGUUUACUUUGCUAUGCUGAUCAACAAAAGGGUAGCUCAAUAUCUGGAUUUAUGUCAAGGUCAAUUUCUGUCCACCACGAAUUACAAGAACGGCUUGGAAGUGGCUCUUCAGAUUUUAACAGAAUCAUGGAUGUGGUUAACACUAGACUGACCAUGCUGAAAAGCGAUAAUUUUAUGAUUGCUGCUGGAGCGCUGAAUCCUGAAGGCCAUUACAGCUACAAACAUAGUUUAUGCCGGGAACGAAAAUAUGCACAUGAAUUAACUUUGGCAAUAUCAAAGCUUGCAGACUCAACUGAAAAUGCAGUGGAUGCUCUUUGUCAACUUCAUCAGUUCAUUUCAUACCGAGGGAUAUUUGGGUCCACAGAGGCACGGGAUGCUGCACGCCGUAUGACUCCAGCUGCAUGGUGGAUGGCUUUUGGAAGACAGUAUCCUGCAAUACAAAAGUUUGCUUUGCGGAUUGUGUCACAGUGCUCAUCGUCAAGCGGAUGCGAGCGCAACUCGAGCACAUUUGAUUUGUUACAGAUGCAACAGAGAAAUCAUCUUGGGCAUGCCAAGCUCUGUAAAUUAGAAUAUGUCCAUUACAAUUUAAGGUUACGUCUGCGUCAUUCUGAAGGUGAAAAGGAGAAUGACAUGAGUACAGUUAUGCACAUGAUGGAUGACACGUUGUUUCCGACAGGGAACCCACUCAUGGAUUGGUUGGAUGCAUCUAUCUGUGAAUCUGAAUUAGCGAUGGGUGAACAAGGAGCUCCUCCAAUGCUUCCUGAGGCCUGUUAGAAAAUAAAAAUCAAGGCCUGUUAGUGUAGGUAUUUUCCCUCGAUUCUGUAGGAAAGGUUAGCUCUGCUGCAUUUUGUAAGUGUGAAUAUGGGGAGGUUAACUACUUGAUGCAUGAGCAAACGACUCAUGUCCAUUAACUGUCAGUACUUUUGUGAGUUGUUUAUUGAGUCCUUUUGAACACGCUGGUUUGUUAUGAA